ACCCCCCGCAAAAAAAAAAUAAAUAAAAAGAAGUAGAGUUUGCCCUUUGCUUUCAAUCUUGGGAAGUUUUUAUCUCUAAUAAUCAUGGUUGUCUCUAACAAAGUACAAUUUACAUUAAUUGAGAAGAUAGAACUUUAUCCAUAACACUUGGAAGGAUAGGGGAAUGACGCUGUGUGAUAAAACAGUAUGGCUGAGCCAAGCAAGGGCUGGAGGAUGAGUAGGACUGGCUGGGGACUUAGGCAGACCAGCAGGUGCAGUGAGCGCAGCACUUCUGUGACUGGUGCUUGAAAGCUAGGGAUAACUGGACUUGGAUUGUCUAAGAAGGCUGUUACUGAAAUUACCGUAUGUUCAAAUUUUGUGAAAUAAAUUUGAAGGCGUUGUACAAGUGUAAUAAUACUAUGAAAGCAAGAUAAUACAUCUAUACAUUUUUACUUUGGAAUGGUAUUUGAAAUAUAACAUGGAAGAAAAUGAUUCAUGCAGUUAUUGACCAAUCAGUGGACAGACAUAUUCGUGAUUAUCAUUGUUCUCAUUUGAGACUACUUUGAAAAGCAGUAUUCUGGAAUGCCACUAGAAUGCUUUAUCUAUCCGAAGGAAACAUGAGAUCUAUUUUGUUGGAGUGAAUUAUGUUUUUAUGCUAUAAAAUCCCAUUGUAAAGUUGUCUUGACCCAGAAGUUCCCAAACUUUCUCUGUUCUUGGUCCUCUAAGUGUCUAGUUAAUUUUUCCAAAGUAGGGACUUAACAGUUUUGUUUAGGAGUUACAUACAAACAACCUAAUAGGUACUUCUGUUCUAACAACUUAAGGGCCAUUUGAAAAAGUAGUAUGUAUAAACUGAAAGAAAAUAUGCUUUUCUUUUUAUAAAAUUACUUUGUUCUUGAAUAACCACCUUCAUUUACCAGUGAGCUGUGUUUCUUUGUUGGAUACCUCCUGGCUUUGCAAGCCUCCAAGUUGGAUUUGACAUUCCCACCUUGGUUUCCUGUUCCACAUUGAUGUUCAAAUGUGCUUGGUUUAUUACCAUAGUAAUUGCAAAAACCAGUUUCACAAAGAGAUGAUGUCAUCAAAAGGAAUGUAAUGAAUUUUGUGAAUUAACUUGAACUAGUAGUUUGUAUAAUUCCCACACUUCACCAUGCUUUUCUUAAAAAAUGGUAAUAUCCCUUCAUGCUCCUGUGAGUUUGCCGUGGCUCUCCAGAUUAUCGUGACACGUGGAGUGGGAACCCGGGCUUUAACCUAUAUUUGCUAUCUAUAACUAAGUCAGGGUUGCCUUAAGGGGUCUUUGUAUUAACUGCAUUAUUCAAGAGUUGGAUUCCAUUGUUAUUUAGUUUGUGGUUGUCAAGUUUUGGUGAACAACAAAAACAUUUCUGGCUCUGCAUCCUGGAAAUGGAUUUAUAAUGUUUGGGAAGAGGGGUGUGGAACCCAGGUGUCUGUAUUUUCUAGCAAGCUUGCCCAGUGAUACCAAUGCAUAUGAAGAUGCUAAUUCAGUGUGCAUGAUGCACUGAAUUCCAUCACAGAUAGCUUGAGUUCAGAGGCCAUGUUGCUGUUCACUUAAAUUCUUUCUCAUUCCUAUAACAUACCAUCAUGCACAUUUGAUAAGUGUUCAUUGAAUACUACUGACUUAUUUGUUACUUCUUUUCUCUUUCCUCCCAACUUUUCUUCUGUUCUAUACCUUAAAAAGAAAAACAAAGAAGGAAGAAUUGAAGAAUUGGGUCUUAGAAUUUUCUGACUUUCCGAGCUUCUUGUUCACGGUCUUCCAUAAUCUGCCAUGUCAGUUCACCACUCUCCCACACAAACUCUUACGUCAUGUUGAAUCACUCUGCUCUGAGACACACUUUGGUAUAUUUGUCUUUAUUUUUUCUUCUGUUCCACACAAAGAGACCUUUAAGUUUCCUAAGUGGAAAAAACAGGGUUUGGGAAAAAAUUAGAAAAACUUGUAUUAGUUUCCUAAGUGGAAAAAACUGUGGGGUUGGGAGAAAAUUGAAAAAAAACUGGAAGAGAUUUAGAUUAUCUUUUCAUACAAUGCCCCCAUUUUAGAGCUCCCUGUGAGGAAACACAAGGAAGAGAUGUGGUGUCCCAGAGGCCACCCAGGAAGUGCAAAGUCUAGCUGAGAUUAGACUGCUGCUCUCUUGGCGCCUCGCUCCUGGGCUGUUUCCACUGCACCCCAGCCCCACCAGACCUUCCUCUCCGAGGAUGGUGCUUGCUGAUCAUCAGUGACUUUCCCGAGUCAUACAGGUGACUGUGAUAUGGAAACAAUGGCUGAGAACCAGGUGGCAUUUUCCUGAAGUAGUUCGUUAAGACUUCCCAGCAUUCCUACAGAUAUAAAUAGGUGAGGCCGCAGGCGGUGCUCUGGGUCCGGGAGCGCUGUCCCCAGCAUGAACGCGGCCGGCGGCGGGAGUGAAUGACUGCAGCUGCGACUUCCUUCCCGGGCCGCCCGAGCCUCCUUCCCCACCGACUUUCUUUUUUUGAUUAACUCCGUGGACUCCUGACUCUUUCUUCGCCUGGAACAUCAAUAUGUGUCAUGUCAUUGUCACCUGUCGCUCGAUGCUCUGGACCUUGCUGAGUAUUGUAGUGGCUUUUGCCGAGCUCAUUGCCUUCAUGAGCGCAGACUGGCUGGUCGGGAAAGCGAGGAGCCGCGGCGGCGCGGAGCCGGCGGGCCCAGGCGGGGGCUCCCCCGAGCCCUACCACCCCACCCUGGGCAUCUACGCCCGCUGCAUCCGGAACCCAGGGAUGCAGCACUUCCAGCGGGACACGCUGUGCGGGCCCUACGCCGAGAGCUUCGGCGAGAUCGCCAGCGGCUUCUGGCAGGCCACAGCUAUUUUCCUGGCUGUGGGAAUCUUUAUUCUCUGCAUGGUGGCCUUGGUGUCCGUCUUCACCAUGUGUGUACAGAGCAUCAUGAAGAAAAGCAUCUUCAACGUCUGUGGGCUGUUGCAAGGAAUUGCAGGUCUAUUCCUUAUCCUUGGUUUGAUACUCUACCCUGCUGGCUGGGGUUGCCAGAAGGCCAUAGACUACUGUGGACAUUAUGCAUCUGCCUACAAACCUGGAGACUGCUCCUUGGGCUGGGCCUUUUAUACCGCCAUCGGGGGCACAGUCCUCACUUUCAUCUGUGCUGUCUUCUCCGCACAAGCAGAAAUUGCAACCUCCAGUGACAAAGUACAGGAAGAAAUUGAAGAGGGGAAAAACCUGAUCUGCCUCCUUUAGUUUGGAAAAGACAUUAAUGCCAUUUUCUCCCUUGAGUAAUCUUGUGAAACAGUUCACAGUUUCAUCAUUUGAGUCAAGUGGAGAACCAACCUUUACCUACCAAAGCCACGUUCCACAGCCCGAGGCUUAAACAGGACCAGUGAGAGGCCACAUCCAGCUACGCAAAGUUACUGGACGUGCGGUCUGCAGUGGACAUAAGGAAUGGAACAUGAAAAUAGUAUAUAAUCCCUGACCUGGAGUUACCAAGUUCUGUCAGACUCCAUCUCCCCCAGGUUCAAUGAAGGAUAAUAAUGUAAAUCAUUAGGGCAGCAGUUUCUCUGGUAAAGGAAGAGACCAUCCGCCAGAUUUGCAGGCUGCUUCUGCUCCAGCGCUGCUUGUGUGUGAGCAUCUCUGCCUCAGAAUGGGGUUUUGGGUUGGAUUUUUUGUUUUCCUCUGUUCUUUCAAGGCCAUCUCAGUUGGAGACGAACAAAAAACUAUAAAUUUUACUGGGGACAGGAUGUGUUUGCUAAAGGGCACAGCGAGAUACUGUCUUUUGCUUAGCUGACCAAAGGGGUCAGCAGGGGUGGUGUGGAGUCAUGCUGUGGAACUUAUUCUAGGCUGAAUCCUAGGGUAAGGUGGAUCAACUGAACUGUCACUCCAGAGAUUUUAGAAAUUUGAGUAAAGAAACAAUAAGGACCUAUACAAUCAUAUGAGAACAAAAAUAAAUAUGAAAUCUUGCUAGUGAAGACAUAUUUUUUCCUCUUCCCAGCAGCCAGGCUAGCACCAGUUCUGGCCCAGUGUCCUCUUCUGGAGAUCACAUGUUUUUCUCCUAAGGUUAGGAUUGUGCUUUGACUGCCAAAAGGAAACCUCACUCUGUUUCCUCCUUCCAGGGACUGAGGUCUCCAAGCCAGCUGCGGCUCAUUCAGAUGUUCACUGGGAGGACUUGCCAGAAUCUCGGCACUUGCGGGGAGCCCUUUCCUCCCUGUUUGGUGACCAUGCUGUAGUCAGCUCUAUUUCCAAUCCCGACAGUAGCAGAAUGGCAUUCUACAACAAAAAGAAGCUAGUUGUGGGAGUUAAGUUUCUGUAGUUACUGGUGUUGAUCCUGAAAGCAGACUGAGAUAACAUUAAAUUGCUGCAACUGAAGAACUGCAGCUGAGACUUUAAUUAAUUCCAGGAAAGUACAGAGGACAAAGUUAAUUCAAAAAGAGGAGCUAGAUCAAGGUCACAGCACUGCCUACACCUGUUUACAAAAAGAAUCAAAUAAAUACCACUAUGAAUAAGGAUUCAGGGGCUUUUAAACUACUUUCCUAAUUACCAAUAUCACUGAUUCAGGAAGACAGUAUCUCAGAAUGACCAGGGCAUCGCAGAAACAAGCUACUCUGACAUUAUGGGAGCUUCAAAAUUGUAUCAUGAUACAGAAACACUCCUUAGCACUUUAAGAGAUUUCUGGAAGGGGAAAAAGUGUAGGUCUUUGGGUUCAUUAAUCUGCUCGCUUGAGGACUUUGUUUUGAAAAAGUACCUUCUGUGGACAAGGUAUUGUGUGUUAAGUGCUACCAGCUAUACAACCCUGGUUCAGAUUUUGCAACCUUGCCCCAAGUGAAUCAUGUUAAAGCUGUCUGAGUCUAAAGCACCAUAUGGUGGUGCAGAACAGAUAAUUAUACAGAGAUGGAAUGGGACAACUAAAGUUUUACUGCAUUCUGGUUUUGGGCCUAUAUGAGAAACCAUCUUAUCUCACAGAUAAGGGCUAAGGGCAAAAGGGGUGGGAGGUGUUUGUUAGGCCUUAAUGAGUUUCCCAUUCCUGAACCAAAAUUCAAAGUGAGCGAGAUAUAAAUCCUGUGAUUUUGGUGAAGAAAAAAAACGGGUAUCUUCAUAGCAGCCUAGGAAACAUUAACCAUAUCUCUACCACCACCCAGAAAGAGGCUGGAGGAGCCACUGGACAAAGCUCCUGUCUCUGUGUGUACAUUUGUAAUGUUCUAACCAAGUCUCAAACCUUGGCAAUAAUUUUCAUUAAAAGCAAUCCCAUUCAUCAGACAAAUCUUGAUGGAAAACACAAAAUUUUUCCAUAAACUUAUCAGAAGACUCACUUUUUUUUUUUUCUUUCUGGGAUAGAGAAACUAUUUUCUGACAGUAGGUUUACAAUCUCAGUGUCCUUACAAGUUAAGUCCUAAGCUCAGAGGAUCCUCCGAGCAUGUCCAUCACCUGCUCUUUGGCUAAGGCGGCAGUGUACCUCUAGAUCAACCUGGAAACAGUCACAAGGGAGUGUGACUUCUUGGCCAUAAUAAAGUCACUUGACAGUGUUUAUGUUAUUAAUUUGAACACACAGAAGACAAAAGCACAGGUAUGCACACACACAAAACCCCAAACCACUAAAAACUACCUAAACACUGAGUAAAUAGUAAAAAGGUAAUGUUGGGACUUUUAAACCUUGAAUUCAUUAGCCAGGCUUGGGGUGAAAGGACCAUCUAAUAUCGUGCAAGUCUAAACCAUACUCUUCCACACAGCUGUUUAAAAACCACUGGGUAUGAGGAAUAUGCUAGUAAGAAAUGUUAAAAAUAGAUUGUUGGCCCACACUUAUUUUUCUAAUAAAUAGGACCAUUAUUACUACCAGGAUAGUCUUAUUUAUUUUGCCUGAAUUUGUGCUUAAAGAAAGUCUCAUGACAGGAUGGGAUGGGCUGCGCUUCUCAGUGUACUCUGAGGCAGAAAUAUUUGCCUUGGAUUCUGUGGAUUUUUUAAACCUGUGUGCUGAUAAUUCAAACAAUGUUGCAUUAAUUGUGUAAGGGUUUUUUAUAGUUUUCAAACAUCUGUGGUGUAAUGAUCUUUGUUAAACAUAUAUUCUGUAAAGUGCCAUAGUCUUUUUUUAUGUGUAGCAUAUUUAAAAAUAUAUAUGUAUAUUAUACAUACACAAGUUCGUGUGAAAGAUGUGCAAUAACAAAGGUGUAUGUAUGUUUUGUUGUUUUGGAAACUGGACAGGAGUCAAAACAGGAAUAUUUCUGUUUUGGCAAAGGAGAGUUCCACAUUUUUGCCUUCAUGGCUUAUUCAGUAACCUGUAAUUUUAAUGCUACACAAAUCUUAUGUGAAGAAAAGACUGGUAUGAAAUCAUUUUCUCCUGGGUCUAAAAUAAUCACUAGCAUAUGUCAAGGUUAAGCCAGCAAGCCAGGCCCAGUUAAUGCUAGUCUUUCAUGUGAAAUGUGAAGCUGCCAUGUUGCCUUUUCUCUUAGUAAGAUAACUAGUAGCUGGUACAUAAUCACUGAGGAGCUAUUUCUUAACAUGCUUUUAUAGACCAUGCUAAUGCUAGACCACUAUUUAAGGGCUAAUCUCACACCUCCUUAGCUGUAAGAGUCUGACUUAGAACAGACCUCUCUGUGCAAUAACUUGUGGCCACUGGAAAUCCCUGGCCGGCAUUUGUAUUGGGGUUGCAAUGACUUCCAAGGGCCAAAAGAGUCAAAGGCACGACUGGGAUUUCUUCCGAGACUGUGGUGAAACUCCUUCCAAGGCUGAGGGGGUCAUUAGGUGCUUUGGAGGAACUCAGCACCAUUUGAUAUUCAGCAGCCACUUGAGCCAAAUAUAAAGUUGUAUUUACAGCUGAUGGACUCAAUUUGAGCCUUCAAACUUGUAAUUAUCCUAUUAUAUUGUAAACUAAUACAUUGUUUGUCUAGCAUUGAUUCGGUUCCUGUGCAUAUGUAUUUUCACAAUGUGCUCCCCUCCCCAGAUCUUAAUUAAACCAGAUUUUGCAAAUUCAUUCUUAUGCUUUCAA